AUGAAAAUAAAUAAUAAUGUAUGGUCAUAUGUGAAAAAUACUUUUCGUCCAUAUUCUUCAUCAUUUAAAGGUUUAACAACAUCAAAUGGAAUAAUCAAAAAUAAUCAAGAAAUUGUUAAUCUGUUAGGCAAUCAUUAUGAAAAACACUUUGAACAACCAAUUCAUGAUAUAAAUAAUCCUUAUCAUAUUGAAUGUAUAAAUACCUAUAAAGAAAUAGAAAAUGGUCCAAAUUUACCUUUACAAAAUAUCGAAUAUGAUGAAGUUCUAAAACAAUGGAAAAACUUGGCAUAA